CGGUGGACCACUCGCUGCUGCUGUGGCGGCGGACGGCGGCGGAGCGCAGCCGGGAGCGGGUGGGAGAUGUGAGCCGCUGAAGGUCACCCCCGCGGUCCUGCCUUCCCUCGUCGCCUCGCUCCGUCCCGCCUGUCAGACCGAGGAUGAAGGCACCGAGGAGCGAGCUCCGAGCCCUGCUCUCUCUGCACCUGCUGCUGCUCGCCCCGGGCACGGCCGAAGCCGCCGCCCGUAGCCACGGGUGCCUGUUUGACGAGAGCCUCUGCUCACAUCAGGAGCGCUGUGUGACCGAUGGACUCUUCGGGCACUGUCAGGACGCCUUGCUGCCAAUCAGGACCCAGUAUGAUGUGUCCCCUCCGGUCCUGGGCCGACUUAGGGAGGUGUUGAGGCAGCUGCUGCUACAAGGGUUGUCAUGGCAAGAUGACAUCACCCAGUAUGUGAUUGCCAUGGAGAUGGAAAAGGUCCCAAAGCUCCACCCCCAGCAGCUCCGACUGUCCACUGCGAUGGGAGAUGAGAGAUUCCGGCUGCCCACAGACAAAGGGCCACAUCCCGUGAGCAUUCCUCUGGAGCAGUGGCCGGCCGAGGAGAUUCAUCGUUACCUGAAGUUUCUUCUCCACAGCAGCAGACCUGAGUUGUCUGUGGGCCGUGGCAUCAGUGGAGAUGUCAUGGGGCCCUAUCCCAUCGGCAAGGGCGGGAACAUGUUGGAGCUGGGAGGCGAUGAGGAGAGGAGCCUGCAGAGGAGAGCCGGACUUGAUGGGAUCAUCAACCAGGACUAUCCCAGUGACCAUGGCAACCGCUAUGGCCCAAUCACGGAGGACUUGCAAGACCAGAACGCGAAAAACCCAAACCGGAUGAAAGACACUAACAUUGGGCCCAACACACCUCAACCUCUGGCAGCGGCAGUGGACUUGGACAGCCUACUUCAGAGAAAGGCCUCCAUAUUGAAUGGACACAGGCAGCGCAGGAAGGAGCUAGAACCCCAGACCCUGGAUGCCUCACCUCUCAACCUUGCCAGUGCCUGGAAGGACGGCAAGGAAGGGGGUUCCAGCCGGACCAGGGAGGUGAGCGGGCGGAGAGUCCAGGCGGCGGCCGUGGAACUGGGACUGUCCCGAGAAGAGGUGGACAUGCCCCGCCAGGGUUUUCCAAAACCCAGGGAGGGUUUCCAACCGGAGAGGCCUCCAACUGCAGCCUCGCCCAACAAGGAAGAGUAUGCCUACAUCGUCACCAACAAGAAGCCCCUGACUCUCUCCGACGGGAUCAAGUUACUGGAAUCCCUGGCUCUGAGGCUUCACCUUGCCACUGUGAAUUUCAUCAAUAUCAGUGUCAUCGGACCGGCGCUGACCUUCAGACUCAGGCACAAUGAUCACAACCUGACCGUCGAAGAGGUGGCCACUAAAGCGGUUGCAGACAAAUCCAUCUUGGAAGCGGACACCGGUCUGAAGAUUAUCCAGACGGGCGUUGGUGAGAGGAAUGCCUUUCACCUGCUGCCGAAGCCAGCGAGGCACAGCGACACCUUCCGAUUCCUGCUGCUGACGUUCAUUGCCGUGGCCUGCAUCGCGGGGAUUCUGAUCGCUGGAGCUGUCAUCUUCUGCCUGCGGCAGAAUGCCAAGCGGCGUCAGAAGGGGAAAUUGGCCGGGAUGGGCAGAGAGGGAGCAACGGACACCUCUCUCGAAUAUCAGGAGCUGUGCAGACAGCACAUGGCGGCCAAGUCAUCCUACACGCGGGCGGAAGCAGCGGAUACGUCCCGGGUCAGCAGUGUCUCCUCGCAGUUCAGUGACGCACCACAGGCCAGUCCCAGUUCCCACAGCAGCACUCCGUCCUGGUGUGAGGAACCAGUUCAGUCCAACAUGGACAUCUCCACUGGUCACAUGAUCCUGUCGUACAUGGAGGACCACCUGAAGAUCAAGGAUCGUCUUCAUAAGGAGUGGGAGGCCUUGUGCGCUUACCAGGCCGAGCCCAACUCUUGCUCCAUUGCACAGAGUGGGGCCAAUGUCAAAAAGUGCCGGAAUCCCGCCUUUGUUCCAUAUGACCAUAACCGGAUGGUCCUGAAAGCAGAGGUUAACCCGUCGCGGACGGACUUCAUCAACGCCAGUCCCAUUAUCGACCAUGACCCCAGAAUGCCUGCCUACAUCGCUACCCAAGGACCUCUCUCGCACACCAUCCCCGACUUCUGGCAGAUGGUCUGGGAGAACGGCUGUACGGUGAUCGUCAUGCUGACCCCUCUGGUGGAGGACAGUGUCAGGCACUGCGACCGCUACUGGCCGGAUGAGGGCUCCUCCCUCUACCACAUCUACGAGGUGAACCUGGUCUCCGAGCACAUCUGGUGUGAGGACUUCCUCGUGCGCAGUUUCUACCUCAAGAACCUGCAGUCGCAGGAGACGCGUACGCUCACCCAAUUCCACUUCCUCAGCUGGCCUGCCGAGGGAAUCCCUUCCUCCACCCGCCCACUGCUGGACUUCCGGAGGAAAGUCAACAGGUGUUACAGAGGCCGAUCCUGCCCCAUAAUCGUACACUGCAGUGACGGCGCAGGAAGAACUGGAACCUACACGUUAAUCGACAUGGUUCUCAACAGAAUGUCAAAAGGUGUGAAGGAGAUAGACAUUGCUGCCACUCUGGAGCACAUACGAGAUCAGCGGCCAGGAAUGGUCUGCACCAAGGACCAGUUUGAGUUCGCCUUGACUGCCGUGGCGGAGGAAGUCAACGCCAUCUUGAAGGCACUGCCCCAGUGAACUCGCUGCAACCCCAAACUGCCUGGCCCAGAAGCUGCAGCCGCUUCGUCCUCCUCCGUCUCCCCGAACCGCCCGCCGCCUGUGUGCCACCUUCUGUGUCCUCCCUUCCCCUUCUGUGUCCGUCAGCAGAAACGCCACCCCGUGCAGAGACAUCCGCUUCCCGUGAAAAGAGUUCGUGUCCUCCUGGCGUGUGAUGAGCUGAGACUUCAUUAAGGGCGCUCCCCACUGGUUGGUGGGCCACUCAACUCUUGGCAGUGGGUUAGACCCUGGCCACCCCCUACUCCCUCCCCCCCCCCAGUAGAAUUUCACAGAAUCUAUCCCCUGAAAACCCCACCUACUCUCUUGGCCGAAGAUAAAACUGUGCGCAAAGCCAGAUGAGACAGAACUCCACUCUAGCUGAAGACCCUGUGCACCUGUGAAUAUCGACAUGUUCAGCGGGAAGAGCGAGGCUGGUGGUAGCUGGUGACAAUGCAUUAUAAAUACAAGAGAUUCUGCAGAUGCUGGAAAUCUUGAACAGACUAGUACCUGGAAUCGGGGAUUUGCCCAAGAGGGAACCUUUAGAUGGGCCACUGCAGUUAGGUAAAAAUGAGAGAGAAUUCAACUCUUUUUGAACAUUAUGCAGAUGCUGGAAAUCCAGAGAUACACACACAAAAUGCCAGAGGAACUCAACAGGGCAGCUAACAUCAAUGGAAGGGAAUAAAUAGUCAAUAUUUCAGACCAAGACCCUUCAUCAGGACUGGAAAGAAAGGGGGCUGAAGCCAGAAUAAGAAUGUGGGGUAAGCUGGCAGGUGAUAGGUGAUAUCAGGUGGGUGAGUGGGUGAAGAACGAAGCUGGGCAGUGAUAGGUGGAAGAGGUAAAGGGCUGAAGAAGAAGGGAUCUGACUGGAGAGGAAAGAGGAUCAUGGAAGAAAGAGGAGGAGGAGGGGAACUAGAGGGAAGUGAUGGGAAGAGAAGGGGUGAGAGGGCAACCAAAAUGGGGAAUGGAAAAAAUAGAGGAGGGUGAAGGGGGAGAAAUUACUUCAAGUUGGAAUGUCACAGCCUGAAAUGUCAACUGCUUAUUCCUCUCCCUAGCUGUUGCCUGUCCUGCUGAGUUCCUCCCGCAUUGUGUGUGUCCAGCUGGUGACAGUGGUUAUGCCAACCACUUGUACAUCUCUCCUGAUAGAAUGAAACAGGAAUGAAAGGGUUGAGGCAGCCUUUCUGCAGAGGGAUUCAGGCAGUGGAGUAUUCCAGUUCCUGCUGCUACCUCAAUUCAAUCCCGACCUCGGAUCCUAACUUGUGUUUUGUCAGCUUUACAUCUUCUCUCUGCGACCGUGUAGACUUCCUCCUACUUUCCAAAGGCAGGCUGGUAGGUGAAUUGGCUCUAAAUUGUCUCUGGUUUAGGUUAGAGACAAAAAAAAAAUUGAAAAGUGGGACUUUGACAUGGGGGCAGAGAGGGAAAGGGAAAACAAAUGUGAGAUAAAGAAAAUUGGGGAGACAGUGAGGGAGGGGGGAGAGUGAGAAAGGGAAAGAGAAAGAGAGGGAGGAAGGUAGCAAGAGGAGAAAGAGAAUAAGUUGCAGAGUUGAAGGUAAAUAACUACAGAGGGAAGUGAGAUCAAUGGGAUUACUCACUUGCGGCUGUCAUGGGGCCGAAGAGUUGAGUGGCUUCUUUCUGUGUCAUUAUAAGAACAAGAGAUAAAGGCACAGAAUGCAAGUUAUACUCAGCAGUCGACUUCUGUGGAGUGAUAAAAAGAGUUAACAUUUCAUGUUGAUGACUUUUCACCAGUUCUAAAGGUCUUCAACCUCAAACACUCUUUUUCUCUCUCUCUCCACAGAAGCUGCUUUACUAGCUGUGCAUUUUUUAAAACUUUUUUUUUGUUCCUAGUGCAAAAUUCAAGCAACUUGCAAGUUUUCCAGUGUUUGCUAUCUUGAGGUGGUGUUAUUUUUUUUGGGCAUUGUGUAGGUGGACUUCCCCAGGUUGGGCAAAAAGACAUCGUCCUGAUCCACAAACGCAGUGUGAAAUGGUGCCAUGUGUGCAAUCAGCUCCCUCCCUAAUAAGGUUUGCCGUCAGCCAAGCUGGAUUAAGUUGCCCCUUAUAACUGUUACACACUUUGACUGAUUGAUCUGCACACUAUUUAUUUCAACCAUAGUUAUUUUUAAUAGUUUCAGAACUUGGCACCAGUCCAGAUUGUGAAAUGGUUAGCUAUAGCACCAACACCAGGGAACAUAUUUUUUAAUCAAUUCUUUUAAAUACAUUAAACACACACUUGAACCUUUGCACUCAUAACAGAACCUUUUCGGAUUUAUGAGACAGUUCCUGUGGAUCCUAUGGCAGAGAAUUUCUCCUCUUAUUUCAUGCCCAAGCUCUUUCUCUUUGUCUACUUUGGUCCAUCCCUUUUGCAGAGCCGCGAACAACAGGCUCCCUCCCUGCGACAGUCGGGCUAAUGGGACCUGUUCCAUAAUGCUUCAAUGAAAGACAACAAAGGCAGUCACCACCUAUCUGCAUCCUCAGCUUUGUACAGGACGAGGGUAGGAGGGGUACGCAGGGAAUCCCAUGCAUCUUCCAAAAUGGGUGUUGCAACUAACAUGCGUCCAAGUCAGUUUCAGCACUUGCUGGGUUAAAGUUCAAGCCCAUGAGACUGAGUGUGUUAAUCUGUGUGUGUAUGGGGGAGAGAAAAAUAAAACGUGAUAUAAAUAACCUGCUGCUU